AUGAAAAUCUCGACGGCGAAAUGGGAAAUGGCUGAAAGGUAUGUCUACUCAAAUUCAGUUCUAGCCGUCUCAAAUAACUGAUAUCAAUGUUUUCCCAGGAUUCUGAGGAUCCUCGCCGCGUUUGCCCUCUGCCUCUCCCUCAUCGUCCAAACCGCUCAGGCGGCCUUCUCCGAGUACGGCGUGGACUCCGAGUGGAACAUGGAGUCCAACCACCAGUAAGUACUGCUAAAACCGCCGUCUUAUUGGAAAAGUGAGAACAUUCGCGUUAAUUCAGGCGGUCCCUCGGAGGCAUGGACGUCGUCGGACAAGAACAAGUCUACAAGUCAUGGAAGAAGGACUUUUGGAUUGAGGAGAGCAGGCCGGAAAUUGGGAAGGCUGCGGAGUUUCUGUGAGUAACAUCUUCGAACACUUUUCGCGAGACCGAGAUCGAACUUUUGACUUCCUCACCGUUCGAGCUGAUCGGGCCGGGUCGUCAGGCCUGUUUGGGCCUUCUCAGACGCUCUUUUUCUGGUUGCCGUGCGCAACCUAGGGCUAGACACGCCCACUUGCGAAAAUGGCAUGAUACAAGCAGAUUCAUUGGCGGCAAACCGCAGCCCCUUCAUUUUGAAUCAGAUCGUUUUGAAUCUUUAACUAAAAACGGUUCAUAGCCUCGGUCACCUCGGACUCGACGACGACGGUCAUGUGAACAUCACCGUUUACAUGACCUUCCUUCUCGUCGCCUGCCCAACCUCUUCCACCCGUCGUCAGUUCGCACUGAGCGUAGAGAACAAGACGAGAGCGGUUAGUUUCUGCUGAAAAUUAGCAAAUGAAAUGAAUGAUUUUUCAGAGGCUUGUUCUCGCGCGAAUGUGCGAGUCUUCGCAUCAAUCGAUUCUUCGCCAUUUCUGCACAGAGCGGCCGUGCGCAACGAUCGGUUUUGACGGUUUGUCGGAUUUUUGACACUAUUUCUCGAAACUAAUCAAAACUACUCUUAUUUCAGGAUGGAAAUGGUGGACCAACGACUCGAUCGUUCGUGUAAAGGCUGUUGCCGGGUGCAGCAGCGAGAGCUCCGGUUUGAAAUCGCUAUUUUUCCAAACUAACUGCACGAGCGACUUGACCGCGUUUGCAUACUUCCUCAUCGUCACCGCCAUCUUUCUCAUGCCUGUUUUCCACUUCUUGGCCCUCUUCAAGCUUCGGAACAGGCUCGAUUCGCAAGAUUUAUACCCUUACAUCAAGUAAUUAAUGAUUACAGAACCAAGAAACCGUGCAAAGAAUUCAAUCCGCGAUUGCCAUUCGAUCCGAAGGAGGUGAUCAGAGAGACGUUGGAGCGAGCCAACAAAGCUCAGAAGAAAAAGUUAAUUUGAUUCUAUGAAUUUUUGAGUCCAUGUUAGUUUUCAGAAGCAUAGCAACGAAUUUCAGCGAGUAUGGUCAGCAAGUCAGAUCCGAGAGAGUGGAAAGAUUCGGAAGUACCGUCGUUACCGACGUUGCAUCGGUGGAAUCAGGCCAAGAAUCGGAGCCUCAGCUCCCGUUAGUUCCAGAGUUCACAUACGAAUUCUCAUUUCCAUGUUCAAUUUCAGUGUGCCAGCCGUCUCAAAGGCAAUUCAAACGCCGGUUCCAAAUAAAUGGUCCCGCAUCUACCGAAAAAAUGAAAAGAGUAACCACAACGCUGAGUUGGUUUUUAUAUUUUUUUUAACUCUAAAAGUGCUAGAUUUCCGCUGUACAUCUUCCUGUUAAGAAUCCAAGUUUAGUAGCACAAUGGACGAUUACAGGGACACACUGUCGAGGGAAGAAAUCGAGCUGUCCAUAAUCUCGCCAAUCAAGCUAGUUUCUACAUGGAAGACAUCACAUUUACGUUUGCUUUCAGAUGCUCAGACGGCGACGAACUUGACCACGACCGCUCUUCGAACCGAUCGCUGAAAUUGAAUGCCGACAGAGAGGAGACGAAAAGCUUCAAAGUUGUUAUGCCCCCGUUUGUUUCAGCAUUUGAAGAAAAAUAUGAUUCACUCCAUUUUCAGGCGCUCUACGGUAGCCGUGUACAAAAGCACUCUCGAGAACUUGUGGUCCCGCGUUCUCCCACAGAGCGAGGUUUUGGUCAGAAGGGACGGAAUCAUCGUCGAGAGACAAGACUUCAUGAGUCUGAGUGGUUCACAGCUACUGACCGACGCCGUCCUCGACCUCUACUUUGCCCUCAUCACCGCCAGAAGCUCUAGAUCCGGGUUUGUAUCGGCAAGCCGACUGCCGUGCUUCUUCUUCGAAGCUUUCAUCAACCAAAAGGCGGUUGCCAGAACGAACUUUGUGAACGAGUGGGUCGAUAAGCGCAGUGCCCAGACGAAUCUUCUCUUCAUCCCGAUUCACGACAACGAACAUUGGACCCUCUUUAUAGUGAACCGCGUCGAGAAGACAAUCUCGUACUACGACUCUGUUCGUGGCAAUUCAAAGGAGAAGCUGGUGGAGGCGAAGGAGCUGAUCGAAUUGACAAACGCACUCCACACCACGUCGAAGGUGGAUUGGAUUGAGUGGAUAUUCUUCUCAGUCCAUGACGGCCCGCAGCAGACGAACGCUACGGACUGCGGAGUUUUCAUUGCCCAAUACGCGGAGUGUGUGUCGAGAGGAGUGAAGCCAACAUUCGGACAGAACGACAUGAUCCACUUCCGAACAAUGAUGGCAUUGGAGAUUUGCCAGCAGCAACUGUUUCUCCGGAAAUGA